UCCUGAUAUUAGACAGUGAAUGGAUUGGGGAGGAGUGAGAGCGAGUGACGUCCGAAGCGAGCAUCAGUCCGCAUUUAAGAUUUAUUUCAGAAAGCGACUCCACCUGAUUCUAAAAAGCUGCAGAUAAGUCUAAGCGUCUGUCUGAAUCUGAAGAUGGAUUUAUAUGGGAAGAUGGCAGCCACUCAAGAUAGCAAACAGAAAGAUAACUCGGAUCAAAACUUUGACUACAUGUUCAAGCUGUUAAUCAUCGGGAACAGCAGUGUUGGUAAAACGUCAUUCCUGUUCCGCUAUGCCGAUGACUCGUUUACAUCAGCUUUCGUCAGCACAGUGGGGAUUGACUUCAGGGUUAAAACAGUUUACAGGAACGACAAGAGCAUCAAGUUGCAGAUCUGGGACACAGCAGGGCAGGAGCGCUAUAGGACCAUCACCACAGCUUACUAUCGUGGAGCCAUGGGAUUCAUCCUCAUGUAUGAUAUUACUAAUGAGGAGUCCUUUGCUGCUGUACAAGACUGGUCAACUCAGAUUAAGACAUACUCAUGGGACAAUGCGCAGGUGAUCCUCGUUGGAAACAAAUGUGACAUGGAGGAGGAGAGGAUAGUGUCUGUGGACAGUGGAAGACUCCUGGCAGAACAGCUGGGAUUUGAGUUCUUUGAGACAAGCGCAAAGGACAACAUUAACGUCAAGCAGACUUUUGAGUCCCUGGUGGACGUUAUCUGCGAUAAAAUGGCCGACAGUCUUGAGAGCAACCCUGCUGAAACCACCGGACCACCCACAACCAAACUAAGCGACAACGCUGUACCGCCCCAGCAGUCCGAGUGCAGCUGCUAGUGAUACCUACACGAGCGUGCGUGCGUGUGAAUUCUGUGCUGUUGCCAAUCUUUCAAUGAAAAAAAAAAAAUACAUCACCAAACCCCAAGGCCAAAGCUUUGCCAAGUCGUGGUAAAAAAAAUUCUAGAAAAAAACCCCUCUAGAUUAUUAUCAACGCAGGACUAUAGAUUACAAUUGCUGAAAAAAACUAAAGUAUAUGGUGAUGUGCCAAAUUAUCAACGUGUCAGAGGUCCCCUGUGUGAUUAUGUCAUUGUAAAGGCCUUUUCUUAUGCAUUGAGGUUUAGAUAAUCGCAGUAGAUCUCUUACACUGUGCAAUAUGCUGUUUGUGUCACUUAAAAAAAAAAAAAAGCAAUGAAAUGAAAUAGCAGCUGUGCUUAUUCCCACUCGCCUCAGGGGAAUUACUUUUGUGUGUAUUCCUUUCUUUCUACAGUACCUAAUGUACAUAUAUAAUUGGUAAGCUUUUGUUAUCUCCUAACUAACGAGUGUUUUGUUGAGUGACGUCUAUAAUAGUAUGUAUUGAAAAAGCUGUCAUUAUACACAAAUAAAUGUGGCCUUAAACUCUGUAAAGCUUAAAGAUUCAUUCCCACUUUCUGAGGUUGGACCGUUUGUGUUGAAGGUUGGAGGAGUAAUGAGGAGCGGUAGCUCAGAGGUUAAGGCACUGGGAUACUGAGUGGAAGGUCAGGGGUUCAAGCCCCAGUAUUGCAAAACUUUUAGCAAGGUUUAACCUUCUAUGCUCCAGGUGUGCGGUAUCAUGGCUGACCCCAUGCUGUGACCCCAGUUUCCAAAGAAGUUGGGAUAUGCAAAGAAAAAAAGAAUUUCACUGCGCUGAAAUGUAUAUAUGACAAAUAAAUCUAUUCU